UUCAGUGGCUUAAACGAGAAACAGGAAAAGACCAGACAAAUCGGCAGAGACAAAGCUUAGUCAAAUGUUCUUUUAGAUCUGCCAUGGCGGUCAUCAAGUUCGUAGCUUCUCCUCACCACAGGCUAUUUCCAAUCAAACCCUUAUUCGUUAUCCUCGAACGAGAUUGGCCCUCAUAAGAAGAAGUCAAGAAACUAUACCUAAAUUUCAAAUCUUUGUAUGGUAAACGAGCUCUGUGGUGAAAGAUCUUGUUUGAUUCUACGAAAUUUAGGAGCAUACUUCUUCUCAAUGCCAUUACAAUCAUUUAUGAUUAUUGUGGUUUCGUUUCUUGAUGGUAUGCUUGGAGCUAUAAUUCCUGCACGUACGUGGUUUGGAGCUCUAGUGUCUAUCUUGGGAGUCUGGAUUGCUGGAAUCUAGUGGCUCUUCUCCAUGUGUAGGUUCCGUUGACAAGUAAAAUUUCUUCUUUUCAGGACUUUGACUGACUAGCUACGUUGUGUUCUUCGGAGUUCAUAUGCUGAGGACUGAAUAUAUCUCACGAACAACACCUAAGGACAAGUUCUUGCCCCUUCUUGGCUAUGAGACAUGUGUGGUUGCUCUCCUUUCGAUGGUGUGGUAUUUCGGGUGGGAGCUGGUCUACCCAUCUUCCUGGACAUGGAACUCAUCUUGGGAAUGGAAAGGUUGCGUUUCCAUGUAUACCUGCGCCGGUGCUUUUUCAACCGGUGUCUGCCUGUGGAUAGAGAUGACUGCUAUGUGUGAUGUAUCUACUAGUGACACUGUAGUAAUCUAUGGCUUGGAGCCUCUCUGGGGUGCGGGGAUUGCAUGGUUCAUCCUUGGUGAGAGGUGAGAAACGACUGGUUGGAUCGAGCUGUAAAUUCAAGAAUUCAGCCCAUCUGGAUCUGGUUCUUUAUUCAUUUUCUAGAUGUUAUCCAUAUCUGACAACAUAAGUCCGAGAUGGUAUCUAAUUGUCAUUUUCCCUGUCACUCCUGUAUAUUUGUUCCUUAAAAGUUUUUUACAGCACAAUUUUGGGCUGAAUCCAGUGUAUUUAAGGCUAUGUAGCAGUUGAGUAGAAAAGUAAAAUGAUCUGUUAGGCUCCAGCUAAUGACAACCUUCUGAUCCCAUGCAGGUGGCAGCCUAACCGUGCAGUUGUUUGGUUCAUCACCGCCACCAAAAGAGCCCCUAGAAGGUGAAGAGAGCAGAGAAGAAAUUGAUUGUUGACCUGUUUCCAACAAGCAAAAGCGCUUCUCGACCUCACACACUGAAGCUGAAGGUGGAGCGGUCAGAGGAAACCAAGGUCGAACUGAACCAAACGACCUGCUCCAGAACAUCCUCACGCACCUGAGCCAGCAAGAAGCAAGAACAAACAUGCGAUUCGAAUCAUUGGCGGCAGCUCAAGCUUGCGCUCAGGACGAGAUCAAUCGCUUAAAUGCCAGUCAGACCCAAGGCAUACGACCCGCUCAGGAGAAACAUAACUGUUGCAUCUGUGACUUAUACGAAGUCUCAAGAGGCAUGGUACAGAUUCUUCCUCCAAAAGACUACUUAUAAUCAGAGCUACACUAAGACCAAAAAGAUCAACAACAGAGAAGUGAUGGCUCAGAUGGCGAAAUCCAUGAUAGAAGUCGAGAUCAAUGUAUCAGCUGAUAAGAUUUUCCAAGCUAUCAAGUCUACUUCACGCAGCGUACCAAAGCUAUCUCCAGAGAAAAUACUUAGCGUGGAGGAGCAUAUUGGUGAUGACUCUAAAGGCACCAAGAACUGGACUUUGUCUGUUGAUGGAAAAGUGGAGAAAAUGAAGGAGAGAGUGGUAAUAGACGAGGCAAACAAAUCGAUGACUGUGUUUGUGUUCGAAGGAGAUGUGAUGGAGAACUAUAGUAGCUUCAAAUGUAAUCUUCAGAUCAUACCAAAGCUUCAUGGAAGAAGUAUAGCAAGAUGGAGCUGGGAAUACGAGAAACUUAAUGCAGAUUCUCCAGCUCCGAACAAAUACAUGGAUUUUGCAGUCUAUCUCACUAAAGAUAUUGAAUCUAAUCUUCUCAAAACAUAGAGAUUUUAGAUGUGUUUUAUUACUUUGUAUAUAUAUUUACUUUGUUUAUAACAACGGUUACUUUGCUUCUCUCUAAGCCAUGUGUGUGUGUUGUAUGUACCAAAGUUAUAUGAAUAAAAAGUCUUGUGUGAAGAA